AUGCCUUCACACAACGCUUCAAUCGAACUCACAGCAUUUGUUCUAGGUGGUUUUGAAACAACCCAAAGGCCUUUUAUAGUCGGUGUGUCUAUAUUGUUUCUAUUUAUUGUUGCUGUUCUGGCCAAUAUGGUAAACAUUGUGAUCAUUGCUUAUGACAAGAAACUGCACAAACCGAUGUUUCUUCUGAUUUGCAACCUUGCUGUUGUUGACAUACUGUGCACCACCAGUAUCAGUCCAACAAUGAUCGGGACUCUACUUGCUGGUGUUAAUACUAUAUCCUAUGUGCCAUGUGUAGUUGAAAUGUAUAUUAUGCAUGUGGGAGGAGUGAUGGAGAUGUUUGCUUUAGCAGUUAUGGCAUUUGAUCGUUUGAUUGCUGUCAGCUGUCCUUUUCAGUACCACAGUUAUUUAACAAAUUUGCGCACCAUUCUACUUGUAUAUAUGCUGUGGAUUGCUGCCUGUUGUUUUGUGGCUGUAAUGCCGGCGACUGUGCUGCCUCUCUCUCACUGUCACACAAAGCUGAUAUACAGUUUCUGUGACUAUGCUGCCAUAAUGAGAACUACUUGUGCUGACCUUGGUUAUUAUUUCAAUAUAAUAACUGUCAUAUCAUUCUUCCUCUUAUUUUUCACUUUCUCUCUUAUUGCUCUGUCGUACUUUUUCAUUGCAUAUUUUGUGAAAUUAUCCACAUCAGAGGAAAAAAGGAAAAUGGGCAGCACCUGUUUGAGUCACUUGAUCGUGGUAGUGUGUUUUUACCUUCCAAUGUUUAUGCGCAUUGUCUUAAGCAGAAUGGGUGUGCCAUUAACUGCUGAGCAACGCCAUGGCUUGUCAGUCUGGUCCUACAUUGGCCCACCAUCAGUGAAUCCUGUUGUCUACAGUUUAAGGACAAAAGAAAUUAGACAAAGGGUUUGGAGCAUUUUCAAAAGAGCUUACACAUCUUAG